UUAAUUACCAAAAGGGAAAGCCACAUUCUUUGUCCAAGGUAAACUGUCACUUAGACAUAUGGAUUUGAAAGUUGUUUAACUUUAUGACCUCAUGUUUGGUGCAGACUAAAAAUAGUACCACUGCAGCUCAGGAGAAAUGCAUCACACACCUGUUACUGUAUCAUUUUUGUGUUAAUCUCCCUGUAAUUGUUUUAUCCUAUCCUGUCUUUAGAUACAUGGGAAUGCGAAGUAGUCUUCCCUUGCCAUCCUGGAAAGUUAUUUCAACUCAAAUAAUAUUCUACUUCAUCCUGGAGGACUCUGUAUCCUAUUGGGGGCAUAGGAUUUUACAUACAAAAUGGCUCUACAAGCAUGUUCACAGUGUCCAUCAUGAGUAUGCAACGCCAAUGGUGACUUCUGAAUAUGCUCAUCCGGCUGAGAUUUUCUUCCUUGGAUUUGCUACAAUAAUUGGUCCUGCAGUCACUGGUCCCCAUCUGAUUACACUAUGGCUAUGGAUGGUACUUAGAGUCAUCGAGACAAUUGAAGCGCAUUGUGGUUUUCAUUUCCCAUGGAGUCUCUCAAACUUCUUGCCUGUAUAUGGGGGGGCUGAUUUUCACGACUACCAUCACCGGCUGCUAUAUACCAAGUCUGGCAACAUUUAUUUACAUGUGUUACGAAAGGAAAGAGAGAGAGUUUCUAAUGUGCUGUCAUAUAUUAUAUCAAACUCUCAUAGGAAUAGAAAAUAUAAAGCCCUAUAA